CAAUAGUCCACAACAUCCAAGGCAACAACCACCAUGAGUACUCUGGCCGCGUCGUUCCUAGAAGACUUGGAUGAACUCAGCGGCAGCAGCGAAGAGGAGGAAGAUUUGAGACAUGAGGAAGACGACGAUGAUGUGGAUAUGGACAACGAAGACGCGGAAGCCGUGGCUGCCGCAAAGCAAAAGCAACUGGAUGUGGAUGCGUUGCUCAAAGCAGCGGCAAACUCGGGGGCGGGUCUCGCUGCCGUUGCCCAUUUGCGUCGGUCCGAAUUCUACAGACAACACUUGGAGUCGGUGAAGAUGUACAUGCAGAAGGAAGCCACUGCCGAUACGUUGACGCAAGACGCCCCUGAGUACAAGCUCGUUGUGGCAUCCAACGAUCUCAUGGUGAAGUUGGAUGACGAAAUCAUUGCUGUCCACCGAUUCCUCGUCGAGAUGUAUGCAAAGAAGUUUCCAGAGCUUGAAUCCCUCGUCCCUGGUCCCUUGGACUAUGCUCGUGUUGUGCAACGUAUCGGGAACGAAAUGGACAUGACCCUCGUUGAUCUCUCGUCGCUCCUGCCCAGUGCCACCGUCAUGGGUGUGUCGGUGACAGGGUCUACCACUUCGGGCAAGCCACUCUCCUCCAGCGACCUCGCUAUUGUCGAAGAAACAUGCACCGAAUUGCUCGAGCUUGACAGCGACAAACUCCUUGUCCUUCGGUUCGUUGAAAACCGCAUGAACUUCCUCGCCCCAAAUCUCUCGGCGCUCCUCGGUACGCGUAUCACGGCGCAGCUGGUGGGGUUGGCGGGCGGCGUCGACGAGCUUAGUCGCAUUCCGUCGUGCAACAUUCAAGUGCUGGGCCAGCGGAAGCAGGUGCUUUCGGGUUAUUCGUCCAUGUCAACAUUAAAGCACACGGGCAUCCUCUUUGGAUGUGAACUCAUUCAGUCCAUCCCACAAGACCUCCGUCGAAAGGCGAAUCGCGUCGUGGCUGGGAAAGUCGCGCUCGCUGCCCGCGUGGACUCCCAACCUCACCGGACCGCGACCAUCGGCCAGCAGUUUUACAAAGAAUUGCAAGAAAAGUUUGAAAAGUGGCAACAGCCCCAGAAAGCCAAGACCAAGAAGGCACUCCCUCGGCCCGAUGAAAAGCCGCGACGAAAGCGGGGCGGAAAGCGGUAUCGAAAGGUGAAGGAGCGCACGCAGCUCACGGACGUCCGCCGCGAGUGGAACCGGCAAACGUUUGCAGCAUCGGGCGAAGAGUACGGGGACAACGCGAUGGGCAUCACAGUCGGUCGAUUGGGUGCCGAGGGUUCCGGCCAAUUGCGCGUGAUCAAGAAGGCGCAGAAGCAGACGCUGCUCAAGCUCAAAGCUGCAAGCUUUGCAUCUCAGAAGAAUCACCAGCAGUCGGGCCUUGCCACGUCGCUGGCGUUCACGCCAGUGCAAGGCAUCGAGCUCAUGAACCCGUCUGCCGCGGCUGAACGAGUUCGCGAGGCCAACAAAAAAUACUUCAACGCACAAAAUGGCUUCGUGUCCACCAUUAAAAAGUAACCCGGGGCCCUCCUCCGACCACAUCAACAAGGCAAUUGUUUGCUUGCCAUCGAUUGGAAACGAAAUGUGGCUUUCUAUACCAGCAUUCUUCCCUGCACUCUGUCGUCGAGUUGGAUUCAUAUGCGUGUCCCUGCCUUGUGUCGGAGCAGUCGUGCUCUCGAAGUCGCGAGAGGGGAGAUGGACUUGAUGGACUUGAGCGACGAGCACUGAUUGCAACACAACCAGGGAGUGCAUUGAAAUCUUGUGGCGUUGUAGGGUUCAUAUCAUGGUGGUGUAUUAAAAGUACGGCUGAUACUUUUGCUCGUAAAUGAAGCAAUACCGCGAGAUAUCCCGGGUGUGAUCUGGUCGAGUGACGCGAUGCAGCGUUCCAGGCACG